CCAUGAAGAGAUGAGGGGUGCUUAAUGAGAAGAUGGGGGUUAAAUUCCCCAGGAAAACCAAGUACCACCCAGCUCUGCCUAGCCGGUGGCAGCCCAGAAAGCAGCGGGAGGUGCCAUUUCUAGAAGCUACCUGGGGCUGGUGAAGCAGUGCCAUGGACUCCAGCACUGUCACCCCCACCCUCCUCCCCACCUCCCACCCUUCCUCCGCAGAGUGGUUCUUGCGCAAGCGCCAGCUCAACCCAGCACAGGGGAGGCUGCGGGCUUCGAGGUGAGCGCAGCCCGCCGCGCUCCGACACCCCUUCAGCCCCAGUCCCAGCCUUCUCUCCCAGGACUAGCCCCAGAGCCAGCUCCGUUGGCCCGGGGGCUGCCUUUCCUCUCCCGUCAGGCCGUGCCAGGCAGUCGGGGGACCCCAGGGAGGCAGACGGUGCUCUGAGUUCGAGUAUGGCAGUACCCCUGGCCUAGGCCAUUCAGUGGAGCCCUUGGGAUUCAGGGACGCAGAGGAUUGUGAGGAGGAAACCCAGUCAGAAGGCAAGAGGGUGAUGAAGAACCUUGUUUGAGUUGUGUGGGAGGAAAAGAGGGAAGAAGCCAGGAUGACUGGAGUGCAGAAUGGGCCCUCUGAGACAGAAACAUGAUGCCUGCACGAGAAAGGCCGUGUGCCUGCGGCCGUGGCCCCCAUGAGGACCAUGGCAAAUGGAAUGGGGUCCGUUCCUACCUGCACCUCUUCUAUGAGGACUGUGGAGGUGCAGCCCACCCUGAGGAGGUGGAGGAUCCCACUCCAAAUAACCAGGAUACCUGUGACUGGUCUUCCUCCUUCUGGAAGGGAGUUGUGUCCUUGUCACUCCUCUUGCUGCUCCUGGGAGCUGCUGCCCUGACCACGGGCUACGCUGUGCCGCCUAAGUUGGAGGGCAUCGGAGCAGGAGAGUUUCUGGUUCUGGACCAGCGCGCAGCUCAGUAUAACAAGGCUCUAGGCACUUGUCGCCUAGCAGGAAGUGCUCUCUGUGCUGUUGCCGCCAUCCUGCUGAGUACUUGCAUGCUCUUGGUCCUCUUGACCCGACUCAAGCCAGAACCCAAGGCAGAGCCUGUGGACAGGGAAGAUGAAGAAGCGCAGCAGCGGGCACCUAUCUUAUGCCAGAGACCCCAGAGCUGCCUGGAACCUGGAUCUCAUGAACUCACUCUGCCACUGAAGAACUGUGUGAUCUUGGAGGAGGAACCGGAGGACCAGGCUGAGGAAGAGACUUUCCUAUCUCAAAGAGAGUCGGUGGCAGAAGUGGAAAAUAGACCCAGGUCACCCGAUUCCCACUCCAGUGCUAUUUCCAAUGAACUAGCUCCCAGGGGUGGGGAGCUAGGCUUUCUGGAUGGAGACCUGAGCGUAUCCCUGGAAGAAAUUGAUGUCUCCAUGCUCUGCCCACCCAAGCCAGCUUCUCAAGUAUCCCCAUCCUGGGUCCAACAGCAAGAGGUAUCCUUUCUCCCAUCACCACCAGGGGGCAACCUCUGCCCAGGACUGGCAUAGGGAGAGAGUUGAAAUUCAUCCUGUUUAUCUGAAAAGCCACCUGGCUACCAGGGUCUCAGCUCCACUGGGGCAUGGGGUCACUGGUCUAACCCCAAUUUUGCCUGACCCCAUAGCCUUCUCUGUUCCCUUUUUCCUCUGUCUUCUCCCUCAAUAAAAAGCCAGGAUGGAUCUUAAGAA